CGCUGCCCGGCCGAGCCCGGAGACACCCCCCCCCCCCCGGCCGGGGCGCAGUCGCGAUGUCGGUGGCGGGGCUCAAGAAGCAGUUCCACAAAGCCAGCCAGCUGUUUAGUGAAAAAAUAAGUGGCGUUGAAGGAACGAAACUCGAUGACGAAUUUCUUGACAUGGAGAGGAAAAUAGAUGUUACCAAUAAAGCUGUUGCAGAAAUUCUAUCGAAAGCCACAGAAUAUCUUCAACCAAAUCCAGCAUACAGAGCUAAGCUAGGGAUGCUGAACACUGUGUCGAAGAUCCGAGGACAGGUGAAAACCACCGGGUACCCACAGACCGAAGGCUUGCUGGGCGACUGUAUGCUGAAGUACGGGAAGGAGCUCGGGGAAGGGUCCACCUUUGGUAGCGCAUUGAUAGAAGUCGGUGAGUCCAUGAAGCUAAUGGCUGAGGUGAAAGACUCUCUUGACAUUAACGUAAAGCAAACUUUUAUCGACCCACUUCAGUUAUUACAAGACAAAGAUUUAAAAGAGAUUGGGCACCACUUGAAAAAGCUGGAGGGUCGCCGCCUGGAUUAUGAUUAUAAGAAGAAGCGAGUAGGUAAGAUACCAGACGAAGAAGUCAGACAAGCGGUAGAAAAAUUUGAAGAGUCAAAGGAGUUGGCUGAAAGAAGCAUGUUUAAUUUUUUAGAAAAUGAUGUAGAACAAGUCAGCCAGUUGGCUGUGUUUAUAGAGGCAGCUUUGGACUAUCACAAACAGUCCACAGAGAUUCUGCAGGAGCUCCAGAGCAAGCUACAGAUGCGAAUAUCAGCUGCGUCCAGUGUCCCCAAACGAGAAUAUAAGCCACGGCCCGUAAAAAGGAGUCCCAGUGAACUCAACGGCGUAUCCACCACCUCAUCAGCAAAGACAACAGGUUCUCACGUUCCCAUGGACCAGCCCUGCUGUCGUGGUCUCUAUGAUUUUGAGCCAGAGAACCAAGGAGAACUAGGAUUUAAAGAAGGAGACAUCAUUACAUUAACCAAUCAAAUAGAUGAAAACUGGUACGAGGGAAUGCUCCAUGGGGAAUCUGGCUUCUUCCCCAUUAAUUAUGUUGAAGUGAUUGUGCCUUUACCUCAGUAAAUGUGUAACUCAGACUUUGGACCUACUUUCAUAACUGAAAUGAAUUCACACCAGUGUUCCCUCCAUGUGGUGUUCUGUGACAUCCUUGCUCUUUGACCCACUUAAUGACUUUUGUAUGUAUGUUCUCUUUAUAAUGUAUUUUGUAUCAGUUUAAUUUGUAUAAAUGAUUUUCUUGUCUUAGCUACACGAAAAUAUACUUUCCUUUCUCGCUUAUUGUCCUAAAAGUCUUUGGUUCAAUAAAUGUACGUGCUUCUCGUUGCUAAGAAUAAACCGCACCCAGUGCAGUUAUGUUAAUGAAUUGCCUCUAUUCCUCAGCUCCAACGGAAUGCAAAAUUUGAAACUUAAGAAAUGCUAAAUAUUUUGUUUCCUGACGUUACUGAUGUCAUCUGGUCUUUCCUUUCCUUCUGUUUCAGCUGACCUGUGAAUAGCCCAAUAAACAUGACACGCCAUGUUGGCAAAA